CCAAUAUCUCCUCACUAACUUUUCUUGUUCUCUUUAUUUGGGCUUCUUCAACCCUAAGCUAUCAUAUCAAAACGAACAGUUUCUCUUGUUCUCAUCUUAUUGCUCAUGAUUGCUUAAAGUGCUGCUGAUUUAAAUCCCUUUUUUUAUUUUUCAAACCGUAAGAAUGUAUAAUAAUGUUGGGAUGCCACCGGGGGGGCCUCAACUGCAUCCUCAACCUCCUACGAGCUCACAACCUAAUUUGUUUGGGAAUGCAUUUAAUGCUGCUGGAUCAGGACUCAUUCGAGGUGGAUUGGGUGCUUAUGGAGAAAAAAUAUUAGGAUCAAGUUCUGAGUACGUCCAAAGCAAUAUAAGCCGGUAUUUCUCUGAUCCCCAAUACUACUUUCAAGUGAAUGAUCACUAUGUUAAGAACAAAUUAAAGGUUAUUUUGUUCCCAUUCCUGCACCGGGGUCAUUGGACUAGAAUUACUGAACCCGUGGGAGGUAGGCUAUCCUAUAAACCACCAAUCUAUGACAUAAAUGCUCCAGACUUGUACAUUCCAUUAAUGGCAUUUGGUACCUACGUUGUUCUUGCCGGCAUCUCACUUGGUUUACAUGGAAAGUUUAGUCCUGAAGCUUUGAACUGGUUAUUUAUCAAGGGAUUGGUUGGCUGGUUUAUGCAAACUGGAUUGCUUAAAGUUGCUUUACUUUCAUUGGGCACUGGGGAAGCACCUCUAUUGGACAUUAUAGCGUAUGCUGGGUACACUUUUACGGGCUUAUGUUUGGCUGUUUGUGGAAGAAUGAUAUGGAGUUACUCCUACUACUUUCUGAUGCUGUCGACCUGCUUAUGUAUGGCGGUGUUCUUGGUUAAAACAAUGAAGAGAGUCCUUUUCGCUGAAGUCAGGAGUUAUGACUCAAGCAAGCACCACUAUCUCUUACUCUUCAUUGCUUUGGCUCAGUUCCCAUUAUUCACAUGGCUUGGAAACAUUACUGUCAAUUGGCUAAUAUAGUGAUAGCAUUUACACUGUUCUUAAGAGUUAGAAGUCCCUGGUAAUUCUUUUGGUUGUUAACUUUGGAGAAUUGUAAUAUAAGGCUCUUUUCUCUCUUUGUUGUAUGUCAAAGAUGCGAAAUCGUAGCAUUCUCCUUCAUCAGAUGUAUUAUAUUAUAGGAUUUUUCGUACUUA